CUGUAGGCGUUUGGAGAGCGAGGAAAGGCAGCCAUGGCUCGUACCAAGCAAACUGCUCGCAAGUCCACCGGCGGGAAAGCUCCCCGCAAGCAGCUGGCGACGAAAGCGGCUCGGAAGAGCGCCCCGGCCACCGGGGGAGUGAAGAAGCCUCACCGCUACCGCCCGGGCACUGUGGCCUUGCGGGAGAUCCGCCGCUACCAGAAGUCCACCGAGCUGCUCAUCCGGAAGCUGCCUUUCCAGCGCCUGGUACGGGAGAUCGCCCAGGACUUCAAGACCGACCUCCGCUUCCAGAGCUCCGCCGUGAUGGCCCUGCAGGAGGCCAGCGAGGCCUACCUGGUGGGGCUCUUCGAGGACACCAACCUCUGCGCCAUCCACGCCAAGAGGGUCACCAUCAUGCCCAAGGACAUCCAGCUGGCCCGCCGGAUCCGCGGAGAGAGGGCUUGAGGGAGGGAAGAAGGCAAGAAGGGCUCCCCCAAGGACACACCCACAAAAGGCUCUUUUCA